AUGACCGAAGAGGAGGUUCGAAACUCGCCGUGGGGCAAGAAAGGCAUCAGAUCCAUCCCAGCACCUUGGAACACCAGCGUCUGCGUCGAGCCCUUCCAAGCCAACAUUUGCAAGGCGUUCGUUCUGCGCCUCCGGGAUUUCCUCCAAUCGUACUUGAGCGUUCCGAAACUGGACCCAGCGAAAAUUACGAAGAAGGCCUUUCCGCAUGCUGGAGAUCUGGAGGAUCCAUCCUAUCUGUGGGUGGAACUGACCGAGCAGCUUCCUCAGCACCU